AUGUCUCGUCACUUACCCGAUCUAUAUGCAGCUCUUCUAGAAUUAGCCUAUGCACCUGCUUCUGCAUUUCAGCCUACUGCCUUAACGACAGAAGGAGUCAAUCACAUGCCUUUAACACCGGGCAACAUUGCACGGCCUAUCAGUCGUACAGGAUUAUCGAGAGAAGAGCGAGAUAAAUGUGCACGUAUGUUCAUGUGGCUCUUUGAUCGUUCGGAUCUAUCCAGAGCCAUGGAGUCUCUCAUGUCAUUAUUAGCUACUUCGUCGCCAUCGCAUCCUAUCCCUAAUUGGUUACGAACUAUAUGUGGUCGUUUCCUGUCACGUAUCUUGUUGAAACCCAAUGGUGUCUCUAUCGUCCUUGAGUUUACUAUUGGCCAUGUAGAUCAAUUGCAGUUGGCACAAUUGGAAAGUAUUGCUAAACUGAUAUUAUCUGUGCCACAACAAAUGACAUCGGUGGAGAGCUAUUACGCGAUCAUCACACCCCAAUUGUUGCAAUUGUUGAAAAAAGAACCUGAUCAGUCACCCACGGGUCAAGCUGUGACAUUUAUUAUGAGUCGUAUCAUUGGUAAACACCCCGACCUUGCCAAGACGUACCUGGUAGACCCCAUUGUGGGACCUUUAUUAACGGCAUGGCACCAAGAGCAUUACGAAGAGGAAAGAACAUGUCUUACAGAGGAAGAAUUAGCCAUGUUAUUACAUACAUUGCAUCGUGUGAUGAUAGGCGGAGAACCCUCACCUGUGGUGAUUCAAACGUUUCUAGCGUCGUCGAUUCCUUGCUUGUAUCAUUUAUAUGAAUUCACAGUACAUUCGAAAUCCGUGUUACGCGAAACCGUGCUGGAUUUAUUGUCAACCUACUUUCGGAUUUCCACCACAUCCGAUGCAAUUCGAGAGUUAAAGCGUGUGCUGUUGGAUAGAGUGGAUUUGGCGGGUGCACGUGUAGCCUAUUUUGCGCCUGGAUCGAGUGGCGGUGUUCUGCUUAAAUUGAGAAAGUCCCCCAAAGUGUUGGCAGGUAAUGAGUUACCGAUCCAUGCCGGAAUUCUUGUUGGGUUUCUUCAGAUGAUGGAUAAUGCAGAUUUAUGUGGAGACUUUUUUGUGUUUCUCUUAAACGAAUAUUCAUCACUACAAACAGGCCGUACAGAUCCCAAAGUUAUGUUAUUAACGUUGCAUUUGAUUAUGGGAAUGUUGGAUACGUUGGGACCCACUAUUCUCCGUAAACCUACACAAAUCUUGUCAUUUGCUUCCAAUAUCUUGAAUGAUCAUAUGGACCGCUUGUUUACACCAAAAAAGAAGAAAGAAAAGAAAUCAACCGGAUUUGUGGAUAUUGCAAAUAUUGUUGAUCAGGAUGAGUUGGAACCGGUGCAUGAUGAACAGUUUUCAUUGGAGGAGGAUGUCGAGUCAUUGAUUUUAGCAAUUAAUUUACUUCGCGCCGUUAUGCACGAGAACGACGAGUUGAACGAGCAAGCAGUGAAAUUAUUACAAGCGACCAUUCCACCUCUUAAAAAACUCGAGCAACAUCCAUUUGAAUUGGUCAGCGAGUCAGUGAAUGAAGUGCUUUUGGCUAUCACGUCGUUUUUAUCAUCUCAACGUAUGUCACAAAGUAAGCAUACACCGGGGAUUGAGGUUUCAAAAGAAAAAUACCGCGAUGCCAUGAAAUCACUGCAAGAUGAUUUAUUACCGAUUCGUGCACACGGUAUGGGUAUGCUGAAAGAAAUGGUGCUUGCAAAAGACCCUUUGGUAUCAUCAGCGGAGGGAGUGGAUCAAGUAUUGGAUAUAUUUGUUCGGCUUGUGCAGGAUGAGGAUAGUUAUAUCUAUUUAAACGCGGUCAAGGGAUUAUCAGCUAUGACAGAUGCCUAUGGAAAUCAAAUCAUCAAGAAAUUAGGAAAGAUUUAUAGUGAUCCGCAACAAAAAUUGGAUAACCGCUUAAGGAUUGGUGAGGCGUUAAUGCAAACUAUUCAGCGUUGUGGUACAGCUUUAGGCAAUUACGGUAAAAUCAUCUAA